AUGGCUGCUAUUAUCAAUGCUCUAUUCGGUACUUAUCCUGACUCAGAACAACAAAAUACGACAGAAACUGUCGCACAACAUAGUGCUACUAGUAGUGAAUGUCUUCAUACAUCAGUUGCUUCUGAUGAUGUUCAAAUAAAAUCAGUUAUAUCAUCUGAAACACAAGCAAAUGCAUCAAUUAACAUGAAAUUAAAUACUGAAGCAUUAUUAACAAAAUUAAAUGCUGCUUAUGCACACAUUGAUGAAUAUUCUCACAGUCGUACUGCUGAAAUUAAUGAACAAGUUAAAAAAUCAAUUAUUGGUGUACUUGAAAAUACUCAACAUCAACAAGAAGAAUUAUUAACUAAUGCAAAUCGUCGUCAUUUAGUAAUUGAUAAUGAAUAUAAAAUUCAGUUACAAAAAGCUAUUGAAGCAUUAGAUGCUGUUAAAGCUAAAUCACUCGCUGAUUUAGAACGUGAUUUACAAGCAAAACAACAAUCAAUUAUGGAUGAUGCAAAAAAACAAAUUGAUCUAGUCAAUGAUCAAGCUAAUUUAGCUAAAUUAACUGUUCUAGUUGAAGCACAAGAACAAGCUAAACAAAAUAUCGAUAAUCUCACUAAUCAAGUUGCAAUAACAGGUCAACACGAAACAGAAAAUAUAUUGCAAUCAACAACUACUACAGUUAUUACAUCUCAAGCACAUGCAACAGAAACAGUCGUUACUACACCAGUUACACCUAUUGCUGAUAAUCAAUUACAAGUAGCAAUUAGAAGUCCAGGAGAAUUAGUACUUGUUCCAACAGCAGCAAGUACAACUACGGUUGAUAUAGUUCCAACGCAUCAAACACAUUCACCAAACGAUCGUGAUAAUAAUAAUACAACAAACGAUUCACAUAAAUCAUCUCAAGAAUCAUUACAUUUAUCAUCAAUGCAAUCAUUAACUGUAAAUGAUGAUACAAAUCCACCACCAUCAACAACAACAACAUCAAAAACUUCACAAUCAUUAUUUGCGAAAUUAACUGAUGCGAAGAAAACUUUAUUUGGUCGUACAACUGCUCCUGAUCCAUCAUUUUCAUCAGCUACACAAAAUAAAGCUUUAUUAACUUAUAUUCUCUCUGAACCUCAACCACAAUUAGAUAUUAUACAAGAAUUUGAACGUAAUGGUGCACAAUUAAAUUGUAUUACUGAAGAAGGAAAUACUGUAUUACAUUUACUUGCACGUGCUGAAAUACAUUCAACUGAAUGUAUUCAUAUUGUGGAAUAUUUAACAAAAAAAGGUGGUUGUGAUGCUAAUAAACAAAAUGAUUAUGGAUGGACAGCAGCUCAUUAUGCAUUAGCAACACGUAAUACUGAUUUAGCUUUAUUCUUACUUAAAGUUAUGGAUGAUGUUAAUGUUCCAACAUUUGAACGGCAUUUUGAUUAUCCAAGUCAAACACAUCUACUUCAUGUUGCAGCACAUAAAAAUGAUAGUUUAAGUGUACGUUUAUUAAUAAAAAAUUAUAAAGCUCGUAUAAAUGUUUUUGAUGAAGAUGGUUUAACACCAUUACAUAUAUGCUGUUACGAUGAUAAUAUUGAAGCAUUAAAAGCUUUAUUAGAAAAUGAUGCUGAUUUUCAAAAAGGUACACGUUUAAAUCCACUUGAAACACCUGUAUGUAUAUGUGUUAAAUAUCAAUAUGAUUCAUGUUUAAAAGCAUUAUUUGAUUUAACAACAAAUUUUAAUUGGAAACGUUAUUUUUCUCAAUUACCACGUUCACCAUUAUUAUGUGAUUUUCCUAGUAUAAAUGCUAUUGAAUUACUUGUUGAACAUUCACUUGAUAUAAAUGAAUGUGAUGAACAUGGUAAUACAUUUUUACAUUAUUUAGUUAAUAAAAAAGAAAUUGAUUAUGAUAAAUAUGUUGAAAAAUUAAUUGAAACAUCAGCUGAUUUUAAUCGACAAAAUUUACUUGGACGUACACCAUUUCUUGAUGCAUUAGAACAAAAUAAUUUUCAAUUACUUGCCGUUUUUCUUCGUCAUAUUGAAGUUACAAAUAUAAAUAUACUUGAUCCAUUUUUAAAUACAGCUUUACAUUAUUGCAAAUAUUUAGAUGAAAAAUUUAUUUAUGAUAGUGUUUUAACAUCAAAUCCAACAUCAUUAAAUGCACAAAAUCGUGAUGGACAAACACCAUUACAUGAUGCAAUUAUUUGUGAUAAUUAUUCAUUUGCACAAUAUCUUCUUCAACAUAAUUGCGAUGUUAGUUUAACAAAUAAAGAAGGAAAUACACCACUUCAUUUAGUUGCAAGAGAUGAUAAUAUACGAAUGUAUAAAUUAUUAAUGAAAUAUGCCCAAUUAGAUUUAACUAUAACAAAUCGUAUGGGUAAAACACCAUUACAUUUAGCAUGUGCAAAUGAAAAAGCUAAUGUUGCAGCUUUAUUAAUUAAUAAAAUGAAUACUGAACAAUUAAAUGCAUUAGAUAUACAAGGACGUACACCAAUACAUGAAUGUGCAGAGAAUAUUAAUGGUGUAUUAGCAAGAUAUUUAAUUCGUCAUGGUGCAGAUGAAAAUUCAAAAGAUAUACGAGGAAAUACAGUUUUACAUUUAACAGCAGAAAAAGGUAAUGUUGAAUUAGUUCGUACAUUAAUUAAAUCAUCAAAUGUUGAUAUUAAUCAAUUAAAUGCUGAUAAUCAAUCACCACUUAGUUUAGCUAUAUUAUAUAAUCAUGAUGAUGUUAGUAAACUUCUACUUAAUGAACAAAAAAUUCAUAUACAAUCAACUGAUUUAAAAAUGGCUAUGCAAAUGAAUAAUUAUGAAAUGGUACAAUUAUUACUUGAAAAAGAUCGAAAUUGUUUAAAUGUACGUUCUUCAACACAUGGUGAUAUGAUUAUUCAUACAUAUAUGAGAUUUAAUUUAAAUAAUUCGAUUUGUCUUGAAACAUUACUUUCAUUUAUUUCCGAUAAUGAAUUAUUAACAUAUUUAUCUGAAUGUAGUUUAACCAAUGGCGAUAAUUUACUUCAUAUAGCAGCUCGUGAAGAUACACCAAAUGCUUUAAAUUGUUUUCUUAAUAUAUCUCGUGUGAAAUUUUGGUUUUGGGCUAAUAUGAUGUUACGAAAAAAUAAUGAUGAUAAAACUCCAUUGGAAUUAGCUAAUGAUUUUAAACAUUAUGCUAUUAUUAAACAAAUUAAUUCAAAAUGGAAAGAAUCUUAUGAACAUUUAUCACAUUCAUUACGCGAUGGUCAUUGUGGUGUAUCAUCAACAGGUGUUACACAAGCUAAACGACAAUGUUUUCAUUGUCAACAAACAGGUUUCAUACAAACAACACAAGGACAUCUAAGACCAUGUGAAAAAUGCAAUAUUUGCUUAUAUAAAUCACUUGAUAAUAGUAUGCAAGUUUUUCUAGCUUUAUUAUUCAGUGAUGAAUCUAGUACAAUCGCACUUGAUAUAAUGGAUUCAUUAAUUGUUGUUAAUGAAGUACAAAAAGCUGUUCAUCUUUAUCUCGAUCAUAUCGAACCAUGGGAAGAAUUUGAUUCAAUUGAUUCGAAUGAUUCAUCAAAUCUUAUUGGUGAAUUAGUUAUGGCUUCUGAUAUACGAAAAAGUAAACUUAAAACACAAAAUAAAGAUAAAUCAAUAGCAAAUCCAUCAUCAAUUAAUAAAUUAGUAGCAUCAUCUCAAAUUAAUAAUCCUGCAAGUACACCUUUAUUAAAUGUUCCAUCUAACGUACCACGACCAUCAAUUACACAUAAAUUUCGACCAGAUGGUACAUUAAUGCGUCCAAUAACGCCAUUAGAAGCUAUUUAUUAUCAUGAACGUCUUGAUUUAAUAACUCAUCCACUUAUAAAAGGUUUAAUUAAAUGGAAAUGGGAUAAUUUUGCAUCACAACAUUUUUAUAUUGGUUUAGCACUUGAAGUAUUAUUUCUUAUAUCAUGGACAUGUAUUUCAUUAAUAACACCAUUUCCUAUUCGUUAUGUUUAUCGUUUUCCAUAUGAUAUAUGGCGUUGUAUACUAUGGGCAAUAAGUGUUGGUUUUCUUAUAUGGAAAAUAAUUCAAGAAAUGUUUGAUAUAACAUAUGCACGAUUACGUUAUGAAGAUUUUCUUAUUUGGGAAUCGGAACGAACCAAUACUCGAUUAGAUUUAAUGUCAAAAAAUACAUAUAAACCAAAUACAACAGGACAAUCAUCACAAUUAGAUGUGAAAAAAAUUGGUAGUGUAGCAAAAUUAAAUGAUGAUACUGGAGAAGUUGAACAUAUUGUUAUAAAUGAAUCUGCACCAAUCAUAUCAAAUAUACGUUCUCAUCAUUCUCAACAUCAUCCAUUACCACCGAAUAUACCAACAAUUAUCAAAGGUAAACCUAUUGAAACUCAAUUAAUACAACAAAUACCUGUUGAUAUAAUUGUUAAUUCAUCUGAUUCAUCGAAUAAUCCUUCGAGUAGUGUAAAAAGAAAAACAGUACCUGCACCUUCUGUUGAUAAUCCAUUUCUUUCAUCAUCAACAUCACCACGGCGAGCAUCGCGAAUUGCUCGAUUUGCUCGACGUUUUCGAGAUCGUGCAAGAACACGUAUUAAAUCUUAUUAUAUGUAUUAUUCAUUAAAUAAUUUAUUCGAUUGGAUUAUUUAUAUACUAUGCAUACUCACAACAGUAACACAUGGUAUUGAUAUAAGUGGACAUACAGUAAUACGUGCACGUAUACAUAUGUAUAUUGCAUCAGUUACUGUUAUAUGUUUAUGGUUUCGUUUCAUGGUCUUUUUUCGAACAAUAAUUAUAUCAGUAAAAUCAUUACGAUCAAAAUUAGUUGAAAUUAAAUUAGGUGAAUUAGUUAUAAUGGUUCGUAUGAUGUUUGAUGAUAUAAUACGAUUUUUAAUGGUAUUUCUUUUUCUUCUUGCACCAUAUGCAUUUGUUUUCUAUGCUGUUUUUGGUGGUCAACAAGUACUUCAUAGUGAUUAUGAGAAAUCUCAUGAAAUUUGUGAACAUGCAUUACUUAAUUGUGCAGUGAAUGAAUUACAAAUUCCUUAUGAUGGAAGUCCGGAUUCGUAUAGAAAUCGUGGUCAAUAUAUAUUUAAUGGUUCAUUAAGCGGUUUUGAUGAUGAAAAAUGUUCAAAUGCAACAUCGACAUGUCGGUUAAUUGAACCAAAUGGUUUUGAAUCAUUUUAUUCAUUAUUAUUUUCAAUUUUUCGUAUUGCAUUAGUUGAUGAUAUUCCAAUUGAUUCAUUUACUGCUAUUGAUCGUUAUUUUGCUUCAUUUGUUUGUGGUACAUAUUUAUUAUUUACAGCCAUAUUAUCUAUUAAUAUAUUUAUUGGUCUUAUAUCAAAUGCUUUACAAACGGAAGCAUUUUCAACUGUUGAAGCACGUUUUCUUCUUGAACGUGUUGAAGUUAUUUUAAAUUAUGAAUGGCGUUUAUCAAAACGUAAACGUUUACAAAAUCAAGAAGUUAUACAUCGAUAUUGUUCACCAUUACAAUUACAUUGGAAAGAUAUUAAUUUUGAUGUUUAUGGACAAUCACGUGAAGAACAACAAUCAAAAGCAUUAAUAACUGUUCGACAAACAAUUGAAAAACAAACUGUACAAUUUGAUACAUUUCGUAUUCAAUUACAACAAAAAUUUAAUGAUAUCGAUGCAACAUUAAAUAAAUUUCAUUCAUUACCUAAACAAUCAGUACAAUCAGAUAUUCAUCUACAAAAAUCAGAAUCAGCUACACCAAUUGCAUCAAGACGACCAUCUGUAUAUGUACCUGUAGAACAAUUAAUUGUACCUCAACAAAUCCCAACACCUGCAACAACAACAACAACAGUAGCAGUAACAAACAAUCAAACAAUAGUGAUGGAUGAAAUAGCUCGAUUAAGAGAAUUAAUAGAAGAAUCAAUUCUUGGACAAGUUGAUAGAAAUCAAACCGCUCCUCGAGUAGCACAUGGUUCAUUUAGUAAUGUUCCUACACCUCGUCGAUCAGCAGCAAAUAUACCAUCACGUCAACAAUUUCGUACUGGUACAUUAGCUUCAUUACAAGGAAAUAUUGAAUCUCAUAAUCAAUCGUCUACACAAGAUUUAGGUGAACGUGUAACUGAUUUACAAUUAGCUGUCAAUCGUCUUCAUCAGGAUGUUAGUGCUAUUCGACAAGUUGUUGAACGAAUGUCACCACUAUCAGCUAGUCUUAUUCUUGGUAGAACAGCUGGACUAAAAUAA